AUCAUGAGACGAUUUUAUCAUAAAAUUGUCAAUAAUGUCUUUCUACAGGCGAGUAACCCCAUUCCGGAGACAAUUCCUCUUUCAUAUAAACCUGACUUCCCCUCUGAUCCACACGGGGGCGCUGCAGACCUGACCCAGGCCAUUACAACCUCCACGACUACUUUCAACUUUCUUUAUCAGACUCUUUCUACAGAUAGAGUAGGGCUGUCGCUCACAGUGUGACCUUCUAGUAGCGGUGUUCUCGGUCCUCUUUGGGUAGCCUACUAGAUGGUGUUUAACUGAUAUUCCUGGUCCCUGGCUGUAACUCUGUAGGCCUUUGUGCUCACCGACCCCGCACACACACACACACAAACACACACUCAUACGCACGCACACCCGCACCCUGAGGCGUCUGAUGACACAACAGAGCGCUCCAACCUCUCCUUCAAUUCCUCCAGGCUCCACCAGCUCGUACAGCCAGGCACCCAUCGUCCCCAUCGUCGUCUAGAGCGACGUCCAUCUGGCCGACCAGACGACGGGACACCAGGGGGUCGGCGGUGCUCGACCAUGGCUGCGGUCCUCAGGAGAGGCUCCGUGCUCCGAUUGAGGCUCCCCGCCCCGGUCUGGUUGCCGCUGAGGGGUGGCGGGAGGGCGAUCUGCAGCAGCGCGCCCCGCCACGGGGAUAGCGAGUGCUUCACGCCGACCUUGAGCGCUCGGCUCGCGGGGCUCUCCUACCCGGAGCUGCAGCAGAUGUCCCGGGAAGACCCGGACACUUUCUGGGGCUCCAUCGCACAGGAAAGGCUGAGCUGGACGAAGCCCUUCGAACGUGUCCAGGACUGCGACCUCGACAAGGGUCAGGUGCGAUGGUUCCUGGGAGGACGGCUCAACGUGUCCGUGAACUGCCUGGACGUGCACGCGCAGACUCAUCCAGAGCGAGUCGCUCUGAUCUGGGAGCGAGAUGAACCUGGAACCGAGGUGAAGGUGACCUAUAGGGAGCUGCUUGAAUCCACCUGCCGAUUGGCCAACGCGCUGAGGAGCCAUGGGGUCCUGAAGGGCGACCGGGUGGCCAUCUACAUGCCCGUCUCCCCACUGGCGGUGGCGGCCAUGUUGGCGUGCGCCCGCAUCGGGGCGGUCCACACCGUGGUAUUCGCCGGCUUCAGCUCCGAGGCGCUGGCGGGCCGCAUCCAGGACGCCCAGUGUAAGGUGGUGGUGACCUGUAACCAGGCGGUCCGUGGGGGGCGGGCCAUCGACCUCAAGACCACGGUGGACGCGGCCGUCAGGACUUGUUCGUCGGUCAAGCACGUCUUUGUGGCCCAGCGCACCAGUAGCCCCGCCCCGAAGGGGGACCUGGACGUCCCAUUGGAGGAGGCGAUGGGCCGUGAGUCGGCGGACUGCCCACCCGAGCCGAUGGACAGCGAGGACCCCCUCUUCAUGCUCUACACGUCGGGCAGCACGGGGAAGCCCAAGGGCAUCGUGCACACGCAGGCCGGCUACCUGCUGUACGCCGCGCUCACACACCAGUGUGUGUUUGGGUACCGUCCUGGUGAUGUGUUCGGCUGCAUGGCGGACAUCGGCUGGAUCACGGGCCACUCCUACGUGGUGUACGGCCCGCUCUGCAACGGGGCCACCAGCGUGCUGUUCGAGAGCACGCCCACCUACCCCGACCCGGGCCGGUACUGGGAGGUGGUGGAGCGACUGGGGAUAAACCAGUUCUACGGCGCCCCCACCGCGCUGCGCCUCCUGCUGAAGUACGACGAGAGCUGGGUGACCCGCUAUGACCGGUCCUCACUACGCACACUGGGAUCAGUGGGCGAGCCGAUAAACCACGAGGCGUGGGAGUGGUUCCACCGCGUGGUGGGGGACGGCCGCUGCCCCCUGGUGGACACCUGGUGGCAGACAGAGACAGGAGGGGUGUGUAUCGCCCCCCAUCCCGCAGAGGACGGAGCCCCUAUCGUCCCGGCAAUGGCCAUGAGGCCGUUCUACGGAGUGGAGCCCGUCUUGCUAGGAGAUAAGGGGGAGUGUCUUCAGGGCCCUGGGGUCCGAGGUGCUCUGUGUAUAAAGAAGGCGUGGCCCGGCCUCGCCCGCACCAUCUACGGAGACCACCAGAGAUACCUGGACGCCUACUUCAAACCCUACCCCGGUCACUACUUCACGGGGGACGGGGCGUGGCGCUCUGAGGACGGCUUCUACCAGAUCACCGGCCGCACCGACGACGUCAUCAACAUCAGCGGACACCGGCUGGGCACGGCGGAGAUAGAGGACGCCCUGGACGAGCACCCCGCUGUUCCAGAAGCGGCGGUCAUCGGCGUGCCACACAGCAUCAAAGGAGAAGUGCCGUUCGCCUUCCUGGUUCUGAAGGACGGGGAACAGACACAGGAAGUAAUCCUGAAGGAACUCAGACUCCUGGUGGCCACAAAGAUCGCCAAGUACGCCAUCCCAGACCACUUCCUGGUGGUGAAGCGGCUCCCUAAGACGCGCUCGGGGAAGAUCAUGCGGCGCAUCCUGCGGACGGUGGCGGUGGGCGGGGCCACGGAGCCGGGGGGCGGGGCCACAGAGCCGGGGGGCCAGGCCGGGGCGCUGGGGGACACGUCCACGCUGGACGACCCCUCCGUUGUCACGGAGAUCAUUGCCGCCCACGCCCGCUACAAGGAGGAACAGAAGAAGAAGAAGAAGAGCUCCUGAGCAGGGCGAGAGAGAGAGAGAGAGAGAGAGCUGUGGCCGGUUGGUUCGCUCUCUGCUCUCUGCUCUGCAGACAUGGACUGAAUCAAGUUAUGAAUGAGUGAUUGAUUAUGAUGCCAUGAUGUCAAAGUCAUCACAAACAUAACCUCUAUCACAACACACCAUAGUUGACCACACAAACGCACACACGCAGUCAAACAUGAACACACCCACACAAACAUGAACUCACGCACCCACACAUGACCACACACACACAAAUAUGAACACACUCAUGCACACAUGAACCCACAAAGACAUACAUGAACACACACACGCACACUUACACAUAUACACUCACACUCCGAUGUGCCUUUGUGACAUGUUUUAUCACAUGUUUUAUGAAAUAUUUCUAUAUUUUGAUUCAGUCCAUUCAUAACUUGAUUCAUGGACUGAAUCAAGUUAUGAAUGAGUGAUUGAUUAUGAUGUCAUGAUGUCAAAGUCAUCACAAACAUAACCUCUAUCACAACACACCAUAGUUGACCACACAAACGCACACACGCAGUCAAACAUGAACACACCCACACAAACAUGAACUCACGCACCCACACAUGACCACACACACACAAAUAUGAACACACUCAUGCACACAUGAACCCACAAAGACAUACAUGAACACACACACGCACACUUACACAUAUACACUCACACUCCGAUGUGCCUUUAUGACAUGUUUUAUCACAUGUUUUAUGAAAUAUUUCUAUAUUUUGAUUCAGUCCAUUCAUAACUUCAUUCAUGGACUGAAUCAAGUUAUGAAUGAGUGAUUGAUUAUGAUGCCAUGAUGUCAAAGUCAUCACAAACAUAACCUCUAUCACAACACACCAUAGUUGACCACACAAACGCACAGACGCAGUCAAACAUGAACACACCCACACAAACAUGAACUCACGCACCCACACAUGACCACACACACAAAUAUGAACACACUCAUGCACACAUGAACCCACAAAGACAUACAUGAACACACACACGCACACUUACACAUAUACACUCACACUCCGAUGUGCCUUUAUGACAUGUUUUAUCACAUGUUUUAUGAAAUAUUUCUAUAUUUUGAUUCAGUCCAUUCAUAACUUGAUUCAUGGACUGAAUCAAGUUAUGAAUGAGUGAUUGAUUAUGAUGUCAUGAUGUCAAAGUCAUCACAAACAUAACCUCUAUCACAACACACCAUAGUUGACCACACAAACGCACACACGCAGUCAAACAUGAACACACCCACACAAACAUGAACUCACGCACCCACACAUGACCACACACACACAAAUAUGAACACACUCAUGCACACAUGAACCCACAAAGACAUACAUGAACACACACACGCACAUUUACACAUAUACACUCACACUCCGAUGUGCCUUUAUGACAUGUUUUAUCACAUGUUUUAUGAAAUAUUUCUACCGCAUAAUGAUGGUUGACUUCCAGUAAAGCAAUUGAAUGCCGGUGACAGGGAGACAAACACGGCCAUGUCCUAACCCAUCAGCAACAGAUUGGUCCAGUUGGCUUUAAAUGCAAUUAUUUAUAAUUACAGAACAGUAACAUUUCCUAUCACAAACACAUUUCUGAUUCUACAUUAAUAAUCUAAAUAAAUGAUAUUCCAUCCUG